CUGCUAUCGCUUUCACAAGUUCCGCAUAUUACCAAACCCCCCAAUUGUCCAAUUCCCAUAUCAGUCCGUCUCCCCGGCUCCGUCGCCUUCUGGCCCUCUUGCCCUGUACCCUUUGUCUACUACUCCCUGCCUCGCUUCUCGACACCGGCCUGCCCCUCCGACAUCAUCGCCACAGCCUUUCCUUCCGAGCCCACCGUUGGUUACCUGCUCCUUCUAUAACCAGCACGUAUAACUACCUGUCUUCCCAUCAGCCUACUCUUCCAAACAACUCAAUUCAACUUAACACAACUCAACUCAACUUGCCCCACCCACAGCAUUCUCCUGCACACACUACUACUGUUCGCGCACACAUACAUUCUGUACAAACACAACAGCAAUUGCCCUUCGCCAUGACAGAGAUCCAGCAGCAGCCCCAUGUUGACUGGGCUGGCGAUGCCUUCACUGCGCUUCAUGCACCAGGCAUGAGCAAUCAACACCAUGACAAGUGGUCCACGGCCUUCAGCAACACUGCCACAAUGUCCACACAAGCAUUCUCCAUUCCUCCUUCCCUCCUCACCCACGCUGCCCUGGAGCAAUAUGGCCAGGUCACUCCACCCGAGGAAUUCUCUCCCACUCACCCUCUUCGCGAUGACCGCGAAAGUUCCAUCCCUGUUGAGCAGCUUCGCAAUGAGACGACACCUUGGCCCAAAAAGGAACCUACCUCACUGCAAAUGACCCCGCCAGAGGAGCCUUCACCCAAGCGACGCCGCACCAGCAGGCAGACGCUUACCAAUCAGGAUGCUGCAAUGCUGCCAAGUGCACCUGUACCACCUCAGCAGGAAACCGUUGAAGCCAACCCGCAGCCACCCAAGCGCAAGCGGGGUAGGCCCAAGUCUCAGCCCCAGAUGGUCGAGGCCUACACCGCCGAUGGCUAUCCCUUUCAAGUCUCAUCGGCUCGCCAGAAUCAUCUCGAGAAGAACCGCGUCGCCGCACACAAGUGCAGGCAGCGCAAAAAGGAGUACAUCAAUAGUCUCGAAGGCCGAGCCCGAGAAUUCUCCGCAAAGAACAAGAUGCUCAAGGAAAACGUUGCCCUGCUCCGCGAAGAGGUCCUCAGUCUCAAGAACGAAGUCUUACGUCACGCUGGCUGUGGCUUCUGGGCCGUUGACGAAUACCUCGCCCGAUGUGCUGGUGGCCUUCUUGGUAUGGAAGUUCCUGCGUCAGAGAUGCGCCAUUCAAUAUCACAUCGCAAGAGCUCCCGCCAAAGCCCCGCUAUCCCCAUCUCCCACCUCACUGGCCAACAUGCCCGCGAGCAUAGUAUGGUCUCCAUGACUUCAACAGAUACCGACGAUCUCGGUGGGCUCGAGCUCCUCAAGGACUUUACCGACGAGGACAUGGAUGAUAUGGGAAUGUAGAAAGUCGGCCGAGCUGCCCUUGCUAUCAAGAUCCUUCUACUUCUGGCGCAUACCGUUGCGUGCGCUUUGGACCCGCUUUCUGGUACGCGAGCACGUCAGCGAUUGCCGCCGCCUCUACUUCUCCUUCCAUAAUUCUUACGAUACCCUGGGUUUUUGCCGUGCUUUGAGCAAUCAAAAAAGCUGUAUUAUUUUCUUGACUUUGUUAAUCCUUCUACAUAUGCCCGCAUGACGGACCACAGCUGGAGACUCCGGCGGGCAGCACCGAUGACUGAUGAACUGGCGUUUGAGCCAUGGCUGCGAACAAGGCGUUUGACUAAUGCAUGUCCGACUGUAUGAUUAGCAUACAUACAUACACACAACCAAAAAAGAGCUAUUGAUGGCGGUCAUCGCUCCUUUCUUUAGAUAGUCACAAUGGCAUACAUGCUACACGCACAUAUACAUACACUUACAU